GGGCCGAGGUUUUUUUAGAACUUGGCUAGGUCGCCCUUCCGAGUGACCUUUUCCUACCCUCCCGGGCUCGAGUGGGCGGCAGAAAAGCGUUUCCUUUUUUCUGCGGCCAAGUUGUCAUACAAGGUCAGGGGAAACUGAGUUUUGCCCCCAGAAAUCUCUCAGAAGGAGCUGCUCCGGAAGAACCUUAACUACUCUUGAUGCUUGCUUUAUGGAACAGUUUUGGCUUUGGGAAAACUGAACUUUUUAGUCGUGAGUGUGUGUGUGUGUGUGUGUAUUUUUAAACAAAAGAAAUGUGUCUCGUGCUUACUCCUAAGUCGGGGGUGAUGUAGUUGAUAAGGAAAGGAGAGAUUUAUCUUGAGUUGCUUUAAAUCAAUCACAGGGAAAAAAACAAGCUGGAGAGGAGGGUACUUGUAAUUUUUGCUCAUCACCGGAAUGGGAUGGGGAGGGGGCAGUGUUAUGUUGCUGUUCUGAUAGUAUUUACUAGUGCUUAUAAGAGAGGAGAAGUCAAAGAGCUUUUUUGAUGCUUGGUAUUAGAAAUAGAAAUACUCACAUCCCCUGUGCUUUUGUAAUAUGCAUCAGGUUAGAAAACUUAAAGGAAUCAAUGAAAAAGAAUAACACCCUCAGUAAAUAUAUGCAAAUAAUAGAAAGUACUGUGUGAAGUGCUGUGUUCCAUCUUCCUAUGUCACUGUCAGGAUUUUAAACUCUUGACUGAUUUUUGUAAGUUUUGCCAAAGUGCAGUAGAGAAUGUUUGUGCCUGUGAAUAAAUCAAGAAUCUAGGGGAAAAAAACCCAUUCAAAACCAAUGACUUAAUUGUAACAGUUGUAACAGAAUAACGUAUGGCUCCUAGAAGCAGGGCAUUUUGAUUUUCUGGUUUCAUUUAGUGCUUUUUUCCUCCAAAAUAACUUGUUUUGGCUGACAUCACCUAUUUAAAGUUUUCUUUGUAAACUUUUAAUUAGGUUUUGUUUGGGUAGUAGCUCACCAGAUCUCAGCUUCCCUAAAGAUCCACCUCCCACUCAAGAAGCAGGAGUGGAAACAUAACACUGCCAUCUAGAUCUAGCUUCUCAGCUGCUUUCUGUGGCACACCUACAGAUCUUGCUUGGCUGGUGGGAAGACUGCUCUGGCACAGCAAGGGAUUCAACCAUGUUUAUAAUGAAGAACAGCAGACUCUGAGCUGUAACCUGAAUUCUUGUCUAAAAUUCAGCACACUGGCUGCAAGAGCACCAAACAGAAUGCCACUUGUUCCGUCGGAGUCUUUGAAACAAACUUGCACACCUAGGACAGAACAGUGCAGGUAUCUGUGUGUUCUGCAAUACAUGGGCCAACUUGGAACAGAUCACAGCUCUACUUUCCCUAUGUUUGCUGCUUAGACUUACGCAGGGGCCCUAAGAGUUUACUUCCAUCAAUGAUGGUUUGAAUGGUAACCUUGUCUGCCACAGAGUGUUACAUCGUUCAUGAAAUCUACAAUGGAGAGAAUGCCCAAGACCAAUUUGAGUAUGAAUUGGAGCAGGCUCUGGAGGCACAGUACAAAUACAUAGUUAUAGAGCCCACCCGGAUCGGCGAUGAGACUGCCCGAUGGAUCACAGUUGGGAACUGCCUGCACAAGACAGCUGUGCUGGCAGGCAGUGCCUGCCUCUUCACCCCGUUGGCACUUCCCUUAGAUUAUUCCCAUUACAUCUCCCUGCCUGCUGGCGUGCUGAGCAUGGCCUGUUGCACCCUCUAUGGAAUCUCCUGGCAGUUUGACCCUUGCUGCAAGUAUCAAGUGGAGUAUGAUGCCUAUAAACUUUCCCGACUGCCUCUGCAUACGCUCACUUCCUCCACUCCUGUGGUGCUGGUGAGGAAGGAUGACCUGCACAGAAAGAGACUGCAUAAUACAAUAGCACUCGCUGCCCUGGUGUACUGUGUAAAGAAGAUUUACGAGCUUUAUGCUGUAUGAUUUCAGUAGAAAAGGGAGAGAGAAAGAAGAAAAAAAAACCGCCACAAAAGACAACAGUGUAUUAAGAUUUCCACAGUAACAUUUUUUUUCCUCUGAAAUGCAGUGGAGACUGGGAAGGUGUUUGGUUUAAUAUAUUAUUUUCCAGAGUAAGACAAAAAUCACUGCUACAACAAGGGAUUUUCAGCUCAUUACACUAAGAUAUGGAUCUGCAGUGAUUCAAGACAUGUUCUAGGCUGUGGAAGUCUGAUUGAGCAGUGGAAUGUUGAUGGAAGCAAACUAUAUCAAAGGGGGGUGUGAAAUGCUUUUUUGGGGGAGGGGGGAACCUUUCAAGUAUAUUGUUUAACUGUACCAUCCAGAGCCAGCCAGAAGCUAUUGACCAUUAAAAUAAUGAGCAUUUCAAA